UUCUACAGCUUCCACUUUUACUAUUUUUCUUUUUUAAAUAUACAUACUACAUAUAAUCGUAUGUAUAUUGUGUGCGUUAGCACGGAUACAAGAGUUUUUUUCUAACUUCUCACUAAAUUCCUCCAAAAUUCCAAUCCCGCUAUUUUUGUGCACUCCUUUUUUUUUUUUUCAAUAACCUCCAAAUAACUUCCUUUCUCCAAAAAAAAAAAAAAAAAAAAAAUCUAUUACUUUCACUUCUACUAUUUUCUUUUUUCUAACUAUACAUACUACGUAUAUUAUGUGCAUUAGCACGGAUGCACUCUAGUACAAAUAAACCCAAAGACUAAGGUGAACUAAAAGGGCAGUGCCUUGGCAUGCUUCGAAGGGGCAAUAGGCCAAUAGCCGCGCUAAAUAUGAAAUUCAAAGAAAAAUACAUAAAGCUUCUACAGUUCUACUUAAACAGUUAAACUUUUCCCACUUCAGCUAGACAUUUUCACAAACACCUGGUGAGCAUCCAAAACUCCUUUAUCUCUCUAAAACCUCCAUAAUCUGCAAUGAAGUUCAAGGCAUUCCUGACAGAAAAUGGAGUAACCCUUUUAGAGAGAAGAUUCAUCCCUGCCUGAAAAAUGGGGAAAAUCUGCCAUGUUUAUCUGACCAAAGAUCACACCUUCUUCCUCCACAACCUCCUUACCAAUAAUGGUGUUCAAUCAAUUGCCCAAUUCAGGAUUGAUGCUUUGUUCUCUGAUUACCACAUUACCAGCCAAAGCGAGGAUCGUAUCGCCUUCUCCCUCGAUCUCUCUCUCCUCCUCCGCGCCCUCCGAUCAGCCGCCGCAAUCUCCUCCGCCGUUGAUCGACUCCAAAUUAAGCUUGUCAAGAAAUUACCCCCAAAUUCUACCAACCCAAUGCCUUUUCUGACAUUUGAGACUAAAGGGUAUGCUUCUGCUGUGAUUCAGGACAUUCCAAUAUCGAAACCCCUUUCGAGGGCUCAUGUUUUAGAGCUCCAAACUGCUCUGGAUGAUGCUCAAGAUCUACCAAGAACCCUAGUUGGGGUUAGUGAAUUGGAUAGUUUGCUGAAUUUUGUUGAGAGGAUGAAGCAAUUGGGUGAUGAAAUGGGGGUUGAGAUUGGUAAAAAUGGGGAAUUGGGGUUGAAGGUUUCAAGCAGUUUGGUUAAUUUAGGGGCAGAAUUUAAGAGAUUGAUGAUUAUUGGAGAGGAUAGUGAGCAGAUUAAUGGUGAUGGUGGGAUGAAUGUGUUGGUUAGUAUGAAGCACUUUGUUAAGUGUUUGCAGUGUCAUUUGGCUAAACCUGAUUGUGCUUUCUAUGGAGUUGGGUCUCAGGGUGGUUCUUUGACUGUUGUUUAUCAGUUCUUCGUUCCGGGGUCGAGGCAGACUGAUAAGUCCAUUAGCUUCCAUUGUAGGCUUCCAGUGCUUGAUCCUGGUUCUUGAGUGCAUAUUAUAACCCUUUCAGGUUUUGACAUUUCUGGUUCAUCUGUAAGUUUACUGGAUUCGGAAUUUGUUUUUUAGUCCCUAAGAGUACAAAUUGUUGGAUGUUGCAACUUUGAUAUGCAAAGUGUGGAAUGUUUGUUUCAGUGUGUGUUUAUUCUCGUUUAUAUUUAGAACUAUGUUUAGGAAAACACGACGUAAUCUAUAUAAAAUCAGAUGGUGUGAUAGCCUUCUUUGUGACCCCAUGGAUUACUACUGUCCAAUGAUGCAAGUGCUUCAUAUACUGUGUAUCUCAAAAGCACAAAAUGAAAAAUAAA